GGGAGCGCACCGCCGCGCCGGCCGCCCGACCGCGGAGGGCAGGUCCCGGGGGGCGGAGCCCGCCCCGCGGCGCGCCCCUCCCGCCGGCGGCCGGCCCACCCCGCGGCCCGAGGAGGAGGGCCAUGGCCGGCCUGGAGGAGCCGCGCUCUCCCCGCCCCCAGGCCUGCCUGCCAGCGGCCGGGGACGAGCCCGGCCCCGGCAAACUCCGCCCGGAGCCUCGGCGCGGCGCGGCCGGCCCGGGCCCGGCCCCCGUGCCGCCUGGCCGUGGCCGGGCCGAGCGCGCCGCGCCCCCGCGCCCGCCCGCCUCCUCGGCCGGCCGCGCCAGCCCCGCGGGGGGCCCAGGCGCCCUGUGUGCGCGCGGCGGCGGCGGCGGCGGCUGGGUGGCGGCCCGCGCCCCGCUCGCGCUCGCCUUCUCCCCCCACGUCCCCUCCUCCUCUCCGUCUUCCUUUUACUUCUGGCCGCCGCCCCCCCCGGCCCCCCCCGCUCUUCUCCCCUCCUCUGCCUUCCACCUCCCCGCGCGUCUCCCAGGAAGGGCGGGCGCAGCGGCAGCGGCGGCGGCGGCUCGAGGAGGCGGCGGCGAUGCUGGCGGCGGCGGCGGAGGAGGACAAGAGGCAGCUCCCCUGAGCGGCCCCCCCGGCGGCAGUCACCGCGGCGGCGGCGGGCGGCGGCGGCUCGUGCUCUGCCCCGCGCUCCGCCGCUUGCUGCUCCCCGCUCGCCCCGGGCCCCGGCUCCCGCUCGGCCCGGCCGCGCGCCGCGCGGGCUCCCCCGGCUUCGCGGGCGCCGGCGGGGGCUCCUCCGGCCCCGGCCCCGGCGGCGGCGGCCGAGCUUCGCGGCCGCCCCGAGGCGCCGGCUUCGCCCUCGCCGCCGCGUCCCCGCUACUCUUCGGCUCCGACAUGGAAGAUGGAUCUUCUAAUAACGCGAGCUGCUUCCGAAGGUUGACGGAGUGUUUCCUCAGCCCCAGUUUGACAGAUGAAAAAGUGAAGGCAUAUCUUUCUCUUAACCCCCAGGUACUAGAUGAAUUCGUAUUUGAAAGUGUUAGUGCGGAGACAGUAGAAAAAUGGCUGAAGAAGAAAAACAACAAAUCAGAAGAUGAAUCGGCUCCUAAGGAAGUCAGCAGGUACCAGGAUACGAAUAUGCAGGGAGUGGUGUAUGAGCUGAACAGCUACAUAGAGCAGCGUUUGGACACAGGAGGCGAUAACCAGCUGCUCCUCUAUGAACUGAGUAGCAUCAUUAAAAUAGCCACAAAAGCUGAUGGAUUUGCACUGUAUUUCCUUGGAGAGUGCAAUAAUAGUCUUUGUGUGUUCACCCCACCGGGAAUCAAGGAAGGAAAGCCCCGGCUCAUCCCUGCUGGGCCCAUCGCACAGGGUACCACUGUCUCUGCUUACGUGGCCAAGUCCCGGAAAACAUUACUAGUAGAAGACAUCCUUGGGGAUGAGCGAUUUCCAAGAGGCACUGGACUGGAAUCAGGGACCCGCAUCCAGUCUGUUCUUUGUUUGCCGAUUGUCACUGCAAUUGGUGAUUUGAUUGGCAUCCUGGAGCUGUAUCGGCACUGGGGCAAAGAAGCCUUCAGUCUGAGUCAUCAAGAGGUCGCAACCGCCAAUCUUGCUUGGGCCUCGGUAGCCAUACAUCAGGUGCAGGUAUGCAGAGGCCUCGCCAAACAGACUGAACUGAAUGACUUUCUACUCGACGUAUCAAAAACAUAUUUUGAUAACAUAGUCGCAAUAGAUUCUCUACUUGAACACAUAAUGAUAUAUGCAAAAAACCUGGUGAAUGCCGAUCGUUGUGCACUUUUCCAGGUAGACCAUAAGAACAAGGAGUUGUAUUCAGACCUUUUUGACAUUGGAGAGGAAAAGGAAGGAAAACCUAUCUUCAAGAAGACCAAAGAAAUAAGAUUUUCAAUUGAGAAAGGGAUUGCUGGUCAAGUAGCAAGAACAGGGGAAGUCCUGAACAUUCCAGAUGCCUAUGCAGACCCUCGCUUUAACAGAGAAGUAGACCUGUACACGGGCUACACCACCCGGAACAUCCUGUGCAUGCCCAUUGUGAGCCGAGGCAGCGUGAUAGGGGUGGUGCAGAUGGUGAACAAAAUCAGUGGCAGUGCCUUCUCCAAAACGGACGAAAACAACUUCAAGAUGUUUGCUGUCUUCUGUGCUUUAGCCCUACACUGUGCCAACAUGUAUCACAGAAUCCGUCAUUCCGAGUGCAUUUACCGGGUGACCAUGGAAAAGCUAUCCUACCACAGCAUCUGCACCGCCGAGGAGUGGCAGGGCCUCCUGAGCUUCAGUCUCCCUGUGCGUCUCUGCAAAGAAAUCGAAUUAUUCCACUUUGACAUUGGUCCUUUUGAAAACAUGUGGCCUGGAAUUUUUGUCUAUAUGGUCCACCGGUCCUGUGGGACAUCCUGCUUUGAGCUGGAAAAGCUGUGUCGCUUCAUUAUGUCUGUGAAGAAAAACUACCGGCGGGUUCCUUACCACAACUGGAAGCAUGCGGUCACUGUGGCCCACUGCAUGUAUGCCAUACUCCAGAAUAGCCACGGGCUCUUCACCGACCUCGAGCGCAAAGGGCUGCUGAUCGCGUGUCUGUGUCAUGACCUGGACCACAGGGGCUUCAGUAACAGCUACCUGCAGAAGUUCGACCACCCCCUGGCGGCUCUGUACUCCACGUCCACCAUGGAGCAGCACCACUUCUCCCAGACCGUGUCCAUCCUCCAGUUGGAAGGGCACAAUAUCUUCUCCACCCUGAGCUCCAGUGAAUAUGAGCAGGUGCUUGAGAUCAUCCGCAAAGCCAUCAUUGCCACAGACCUUGCUUUGUACUUUGGAAACAGGAAACAGUUGGAAGAGAUGUACCAGACUGGAUCGCUAAACCUUAAUAAUCAAUCGCAUAGAGACCGUGUCAUUGGUUUGAUGAUGACUGCCUGUGAUCUUUGUUCUGUGACAAAACUGUGGCCAGUUACAAAAUUGACGGCAAAUGAUAUAUAUGCAGAAUUCUGGGCUGAGGGGGAUGAGAUGAAGAAGCUGGGGUUACAGCCCAUCCCUAUGAUGGACAGAGACAAGCGGGAUGAAGUCCCCCAGGGUCAGCUCGGAUUCUACAAUGCCGUGGCCAUCCCCUGCUACACCACCCUCACCCAGAUCUUCCCGCCCACAGAGCCUCUCCUCAAAGCGUGCAGGAAUAACCUCAGCCAGUGGGAGAAGGUGAUUCGCGGGGAGGAGAGCGCCGUGUGGAUCUCAGCCCAGCCGGCGGCCCCAGGGGCCUCUGAGAAGCUGCCAGCGAAGAUGGAUGACUGACGCUGCCGCAAGCUGCCCCCCGAAGAUGCUCGUCUUGCUUUGACUGUUCGUCCUUUUAUUUUUGUGGGGGGAGACCUACACCUGGUGCCUGGGACGCAGACCUCUUCAGGAAGGCGACGUCAAGUGAAUGUGCUGAGCAGGGGCCUCCCUGCCAGCCUCAUCGGUGGCUCAGUACACAGAGGACCACCCCAGGACGAGAAGCCACCUGCCCAGCAACUCCAUUCGACUUGCAAACUGGCCUUUUCUAACGGCUAACAUUGCUGAGGCCUUAAUGGGAAUGGACACAAAUUGUUCAGAAGGGGGUACUUUUCCAUUGUCUUUCUAGUGAGGGUUUAAAAUGGUACUAUUAUGAUAUUGUACUUUGGCUUCAGCACCAAUGUGGCUUUGAUGUUACUGGUUAUAAAUAGGAACCCUUCCACAUCCCUAUUGUGAAUGUCCGUGUGUGACCUCUGUGGUUAGUAUGAACUGUAGCAGACAGCCUCAGGAGAAACGCCGUCGGGGUUAGAGUAACAAGCAUGUUUCGGCAAUCAGUGGCGGAAAAUAGAUUCUUGUUUGAGAGCCUCAUGAAUGAGAAAUUAGGUGGACUGAUGUGUAUUCUUGAAGUUUAUACUAAAGGGCUUAGAUGAAUAAAUUUACCACUAAAGGAAGUAGAUUUUGUAGCCUUUUGAGAAGAGGUGCAAAUAAAUAUAUAUCAAAGUAAAUCUCAGAACUCCACAUAUCAAUUCAAAAGAUGUCAAAGAAUAUUAAAAAAAUUUUUUCUUCA